GGGACCCGUACAUGUUUCAAAGGUUCUUGGACGAUGAACGCCGCCAGCCGCUGCAGUCGUAUUUCCGCGAAAACGUACUGUGGAAGGGGGAUCGUGCUUCCCGCCCGCUCACGGUCGAAGAGCUGGAGCAUCUGCGCGGGUUCCCAGCGGGCUACACGUCCGCCCUCCGGCCCCCCCGUGGAGUGGACAAGCGGUCGUCCAGGCUGCACGCGUUGGCGUAUGCGCCACACGAGCCCACGCUUGUAGCGGUGAUGUGUCUGAUCUUCCACCUAGCCCGUGGUUUCGACGUGCCGCCGUCCGUGGCCCCGCCGGCUUGGACACAGCGCGAAGCCGAGACUUGGGUGGCGGGGGUCUCCGCGGACGCCCCCUGGCAUCCGCAAUGCCGUGCGCCAGGUCUGCCUGGCGAGUAUGCCCUGCGAGUCUUCCACGAUGCGUUGACGUUGUUCCCGCCGGAGUUCUUUACACCUAUCUCCGACGUGGUCGCAGAGGCAAUGUCUCGCGUGAGUGCGCUGGACCUCAGUUCUCUGACGAACUUCGAGGUUUUUCUGGCUCGCAUCGGAGCGCCCCACACUCUGCGGGGCCCCGAUGCGCAGGCAUUGUGGUCAAAGUCCCCGAUGCACGCUUCCGCUGCCAAGCAACACCGGCCCUCCGCUUCCGACCGCGCCUUGCCAGGCCUAGUGGAGCACGGUGUUGGGCCGGACGAGCGCGUGCAUCGGUCCACGCAGUUCCUUUCGCUGCGCCGCCAGAUCUCGAAGCGCAAGCUGCUCCAGCAGCUGGCCGCUGCCCUUCGCCCACUCGACGCCUUUGCGUUGAAGCAGCGGCGCGUGUCUGUGCCGGCCGCGCCAGGUCUCUCCCCGGUCUUUGCUGCCGCACUCAUCUGCCUGAUGGGCUGGCCGGACCGUAGUCUGCCGUGGUGUCUCGUGCGCGGGUUCGAGCUCACGGCGGCGGUGCCGACGUCUGGGGUUUUCCGGCCCUGCGAGACGAGGUCCUCUGGGCAGAACGCACCAGCCCAAGUGGGCGAGACCCUCAGAGGGCCAGCCGCGGUAACGCACGCUCAGAACCUAGAGCGCGGCAUGCGGCCUGGACCGUUGACCCGCGUGAUCUACGAUCUCACCGUCGAGGAGAUCCGCGCUGGCUUGGCGGAGCCUCUCGUAAGCCGCGCCGAACUCGACAGGCGAUUUGGCGUCGGGGGUUACCGGCCCCCGCCUCGCCACGCUAUCUGGCAAGGCCACAAGUGGCGACUGGUCGAUGAUGGAAAGCGUGCUCGCACCGAGGCUUUGUCGUUCCUGCCCGAGACGUUGGUCGCAGCGCCGUCAGAACUGCUCAUGCUGACCGCGCGCGCCUUUGCGAUGGAAGCGGCUCAGCAUGGUGGGAGUUUGCCCCCGUGGUUCGUGCUGCGAGCCUCCCUUGAGGAUUGGUGGAAAGGCUACAGACAGCUCUUCCCCACCCGCAAGGACAUGGCCUUCGUGGUCGUCGCCCUUCUCCAUCCAGAUACACGCGAGCCCUUGUGCAGCGUUCUGCGCGGCCUCCCCUUCGGCCUGGGGUCAGCGGUGAACCAAUUUAAUCGUGUUCCGCUGCUCCUCGCAGCCGCUGCCAGACGCUUGCUGUGCAUCAUGGGGGGCCAUUACGUUGAGGGCAACUUCAUUCUUGAG